AUGCCCCCGGCUAACAACGGUGCCCUGGCUUCAGCCGGCGUAAUUGCUGUAUCUGUCGCUGUAGCAGCUGCUAUUGCUAUCUACGAGUCGCCUGAACUUCGACGGUAUGCCGACGACAUCCGAAGGCGCAUCGCCGUUGCCCUGCACUCUCUUGGCGAAGGCAUCGAGCCAGGCGAGCAACCGCCCAUGUUCAACCGCCCCGAAGAUGCACAGGGCUUCUUAGAGUCCCGAGGAGGAGCCGAGCCCGGAGUUGACGCCGACGAUGAGACCCGCCGCCGCCAACGUGAGGAGCUUUUGUAUUGGAAUGCCAUACACCUGGCCAAGAAGGAGAAGGACAGAAUUGAGGCCGAGGAGUCCGGUUCGAGGGAACUGCCGCCCCUCGGGCCCACGCGGGGGAGAUCUUUCGACGACUUCAUGCAACAGGACCAGACCGGCGAGAAGGGAUCUUUCAUCUUCAACACGGGCGCAAAUGUCCACGACGAGGAGGGCCUUGUUCGUCGUCGUCCCGAGGGUGUCCGCGGUCUAAACUCUUCGCUCUACGCCAACCCCUUUGCCGAUGAGCACCAGAUCGACCAAAAUGAGCUGCCGUUGGUGGACGAACCAAGCCAUCUUGCUCCCGGUCGCGAUGAAGCCGUAUCAGACAUCUACAGCGCCACCACCCACGACGCCGACGAGCGUCCCAGAGACAUCACCGCCACCAUCGCCCACAUGCCCUCACUAGUCGACGUCAUCGAGACGUCGUCCGAGUCCGAGAAAUCCGCAACCCUCGACCGCGAACUUGGCCCCGACGAGUACAUGACCGCCGGCCAGGAAAACCGCGAGGAGGCAUACGCCUCCAUUCAAGCCUGGGCGCAAGGGUCUACCGCCUCCAACUUCUACUCUCCUCUCCCCAUGUCGCCUCCUGUUCCCAUGUCUGAGCCCGAGCUUGUUAGCGAAGGCGAACUCACGCCCACCGACUCUGCGUCCCUUGCCGGAUCUGGCGAGGAUGUCGCCAACGAUGCUGCUUCAUCCGGGGCUGGCGACAACAGCCGAUACUACGAUGUUCUGAGCGAGAGCGAAGGCAUGAUGACCCCUGCGAGCUGGUCCGAGGUCGGCAGUGUCAUCAGCGAGAACGAGACCCAAGAUGCGACCCAUGGCCGUGUCCACGCCUAG